AUGAAACGACCUUACAGCACUGGCCUACCCUUCCCUCGGGCUGCUCCGGUUUCUCGGGCUAAAAGGGCUGAUAGCUUAUAUUCUUCUGACGGAGAAAUUGCAAUCGACGCACGACGCUCUGACAUGACUUUCAAAUCUGGUCUCUCGGACAAGACUAUCUCCGUUAACAUACAGAGGGCACAAACGGCAUGCGAGCUCUGUAGGAAGCAAAAGAAACGUUGUACCCAUGUCGGUGACGCAAAGUUGAGGGUGUUAAAUCAAGAACAAACGACUCAUACCUAUAACCAAAAUACCAGUAUCCGUAGUUCUGAGCUUGGAAAGGAUAUCAUCGAAGUUGAUAAUAAUUCUAUUCCAUCAUCUGCAGCCUCGUCGAGUGCCAAACUAAAUUCUGGUCUGCAACAGAGUACACAAGAAAGAUCCGCUUUACAAGAGCACACGAAAAGUCUUAGGGGCAUGGACGCAUCUUCGAAGCUCAUUGUUGAUCAAUCAUGCAUGACACCAGGCGUCCCGAAUUUGGAAAGGGUCAGGGCUAAGGUCGAGAGUCUAGGGAUUGAUUAUCCUGACGACCUACCAUACAUCCUCAAGUAUGAACUCCGAACUCUGAACCUGAGAUGUCAAGAAUGUCUCUGCGAUAUAAAUCUUCGUGGGGGCGUUGGAAACAUCGGAAAGCACGCGUAUAGUCUACACCAUGCACAUUACGUCGAGCUCAGGCUAAGAGACCUAGAAGAGGAAGGUUUCCAGAGGACAUUAAAUCAAAAGGUUAGGGAACGGACAGCGCACUUGGAUAGUCGGGGAAAAUGGAGAAGAGAGAUCUCAACACAGAAGCGUUCGGAAUCUACUCUGUGCAGCGACCUCGAAGAUGAAUCAGAUUCGGAGUAUGGGCAAUUUCAGUCAAAGCGUCCACGGGUAACAGACACCUUCUCUACCAAGUUGGCUUCUGAUGAUCUUCAUUCUGAUGUCAGAAGAUCAAACAAAGCUUUGAUGCGAUUCCAAGUCGAUAGAUUAGAGGACGAGAUUGACAAGGUAGAAAAAAAAAGGAUUUCCCCUCAUCAGAGGGCACUUGAGAAGAUAAGUAACUCGAAAAAGGAGCUUCAAGAAGUCAAGGUGUCUCAGUCUCAGUCGCAACCGCACACUGAUCGAGUUGCUACAUUGCAAGAAGAGGUCGAUACCCUCAGGGCAGAAGUCUCCAAUCUGGCUGGUCUUGUCGAAACUCAUGAGCUACCUACCAGUCACGGUAGCACUGCUAACGACGCCGCCCUCAUCGAGGAUCUGAAGAAGUCCAAGGGGACGAUUAUGAAGCGCCUGGCUACCUCUGAGGAACGAUUGGCUGCUUUGGAGGAACAGAACGACAGACUCAUUUCUAAGAUCAAGGAACUAGAAAGAAGAUAA